ACUUACUCUUUCAGAAACAUUUAAAACAUAUGAAUUUUCUAGCAGUUUAAUUAAUGAUGUAGAGUGCAGAAUGGUUUUUAUACCUAUACGUGCAAUAAUAUUUCAACAGUUAAAAAUUUUUAAUUAAAAAUUUCAAAUUUUUUUUUGUAAGAAUUUCGUGUAUUUCAUUCUUUUUGGCCAUUCGAGUAGCUACGUUUCAUUUCUCAUUCAAGAAUUAAUUGCGAAUGUUACACAUUACGUGUUUAUAUGAACAUCGCGUCAGUGUAAUACAUCAUUCCUAAUUAUCGUGGAUUGUAAUUAGCGACGUGGACACGUGGUUUGCGGCGGUGGCAUUCAUUUACACCGGAAGGCGAAAUUAAUUACGUUAGUCAACAUACGAAUUCCAAGAGGUUUUAAGAUCAUUGGUAUUUUUGUGGAUUGUUGUCAUUCUACUCAUUUCUCUGACAAUCUUUUAUUAAUCACUAAUAUAAUAAUCAACAACUUCUAUAACAUUUACAAAUCUAUUCCAAUAUAUCUUCACUCCUAUUCUACCGUCUUACUUCUUUAUAAUCCCACGUGCAAUCUUUAUUUCACAUAAGUACCCUCGUAAAACGCUAAUGCAUGUUUAAUAUGCGUUAAUUCGAUUCGUUCUCACAGGUAACCGUUCUCAUUAAUUUCAUAUGAAGUGCAUCACGCAAAGAUAGUCGGUAAAUGCACCUCAAUGUCAGCAUAAUACACUUGACUGAUAAUGAACCGUGAAGGGAAGUUAAUGGAAAACAGUCUCACGCUAUGGCACAUAACAAGGAUAAUGUAAUCCUCUUACGGAAUUUCUGCCUAGAAGCUGAUGUGUCUGCAGAGUACGAUGAACUCUUAUGGUUUUUAUACUCAUAUCGAAGAAAAAAAUUUAUGCCUGGAAAUAAUUCCUCGAUAUUACUGGCUCGUCUCGAUGCAGAAGGGAAUAGGGUGGUUAAUCACAUUCCAACGAAGACUCGAGCAAUUGUCUGUGGACCGUGGUUGACUAUAUCGUUACGCCUGCCCUCUCGUCUCUCGUUAUAUUGAAAUUGAAUUGUUUCAGUUUCCAAGCAACCUUUUAGAAUUACCCUUUAGAGGAGAUUCUGUUUCCUCCCCCUGCGCAUUAAUCGCAAAUGGAAGCGAAUUGGCAGGGUUCACCUCGUGGUUGACAUUUGUUAGAUGCAGCCUAGCGUUUCUGCGCUGUACAGGUGCAAUUUACACGACAAACUAAGUUGCUGCAUUAAUUAAACUCUUCAAGAUUUGGCCUUUUGUAUACAUCGAUUAGAUUUUAGAGAUUAAACUGUUACUUUGAUGUGUUGUCGUGGAAAUAAUCGAGCGGUCAUGAGUAUAUUGCUGGUACGUACCUUCUUUUAUAUAGAUAUUUGCAUUUGCUGUUUUAUCUGUAUUCGUUAUGAGGCGUUUAAGUAGAUUUUAUCGCCCGAGAAGUAUUUCAUAAAGUCUACCUUAAUAUUCAUCUUCGCAUUCUCUUGAUAUUAAAAAAUUUUAUGGACGUCUACGGUGGUACUAUCGUAUCGUGAUAAAAUACCGAGUUAUAAAUGGCAAGAAUUCUUUAGUUGAAUGGUUCAUAGGACUGCAUUGUUCAAGUAAAUGAAUUUGUUCGCCUAAUUUAACAACAAUUUGAUACAGAGAAGGGAGUAUGCUUAAUUGUGCCUUUCGAUAGACUAGAUACUGCGUAGUCGGACGAUAUAAAGUUUCAAGUUAAUUACUUUUUAUUAAACUAAAUCUAAUUUCCUGAACAUUUUUUCUUGACUAGUCAGACAACUAUAAUCGUGAAGCACGGUGCAGCAUACGACACGUCCAUUACUUUCUAAGAAAAAAUAAGGUCAAAGGAGGUUCCAUUAUUAUUCUCAAGCGCGAAAGUCACGCUCUAGUCUCACAAUUGCGGUCGUAUCAGCAACUGGAUCAAAUCUCAUUUACAAUCUAUGUAAACAUCAUGGUGCAUCGUCUUGAAUUAAAACUGGGCGUUGCAUCGAUGAUACUCGAAAUAAUUCCAUGAUCAUCCCCGGUCUUCAACGUCCAAUUACGUACAAGUUGGAACGUUCAUUAAAAAGGAGCAGAGAAAAGGGGAAAAAGGAGCAGCAAAAAAGAAUUUUAUCGACCUAGUUUCGCUUUCGUCUCGGUUUACUUUCAUUAUGCCCUUCACUGCAAAUCGAAAGGAUUUCCGCGUAACUUUCCAAUUACGAUUCGCCAGCUAAAUGAAAAAAUGUUCGGCCGUUCGUGUUUCCUAAUGCGCAAUACGCUUUAAUUAUCUCCUUUCUCUCUCUUUUUUGUAAGCAUUUUAACUACCUUCUUCGCCUCGCCAUGUACACACACGUUUACACGACCGGAUGUCGGGCUGACGAAAAGCGGGCUGUACCUAGGCCAGGAGGGUGGAAAUACUUCGACCCGUCCUCUUGAAAAUGUCAAAGGUUGCCGCGCAAGGCGCAUCGACGUAUCCCUGUUUUCCAGGAGCUAGCAGUCGAACGCGAUUCUAUUGUUCCUGCUCUAUCGUCGAGCAGUAAUUAUCAUCAUCUCCAUUUUGCGCCAUUUCAUGAUUGCAUUCCUUUGGACACGCUAGACGAAAUAUAUAUGUAUAUCUACAGAUCUAUGUCUCGAAGAUCGAAGACGUAAACGUAUGAUUUGUUUCAAAAGAAAUAGAUUCAACAUACAACCAUUAUAUUAUUAGUGGUACAAAAGUAGUACGACAGCAAUAGUACAAAAACUUCAAAUGUAUUAAUGGGAAUGGAAAUUAUUAUAGAUAAGAAUUAUUUUUUUUUGGAUAGAUAAGAAUUUUUAGAUGAAAUGUAACGUAAUUAGUGAAAUUUUCUGAUUGAUUUUGUUCACAUGAUCUUAAUUAAGAUUUUGGGUUAAUCGAUGUUUGGAAUAGAAGAAGAGUCAUUUUAGUUCGCUUUAUCGACCGCACUUCCGAUCUCAAUUUUCUUCGUAAUUUCACUCCUCGCAUUUUCGUUUAUUUUCACUGGUAUUAUUUCUGCCACGAAAACACUGUUCCAGUUUGUUUCUUAUGUAUAUCUGGUACAGUUACCGAAAUAAUUUCAUAAAUAUUUGGGGUUCAUCUUCGAAUCCUUAUACAAAAUCUUAUUAAAACGACGACAAUAACUAAAAAUAAUGUUCUUUCUUUUCAAAGUAGCUGAUUCCAAAGGGAGAGCUGAACAUCGCAGCGAUAUCAUCGUGUAAUAUCGAUUGCGACAAAGUCCUUGUCGGAAGAUUAAUUAUUUCAUUUUCAUUUAACUUCGCGACGAGCAAUUGAAUUUUCCCCAGGCAAACCUUUUACUGAAAAUUACCACCGACUCUGCAUUUCCAAUGUACAGAUAAUGAAAACGCAAAGUUACGUUGCUCCACUCGUUUUUCGUGUCAUCAACGGAUUAAUUAUAGUAAUCCACGAUUCUCAUAAUUAUUUCUUCUCCCGUGGUUUUACGACGGUAGCGGAAAUAUCCUCCUACCUAUCGCAAUAUUUCCUUCUUUAAACUAUCGUACUUCCAGUUUACAACUCGGAGUCGUAAAAAUUUUAGAGGCUUCGUUGGAAAUUACUCGGUUAAUGUCAAAGGUUCGAAGUUCCAUCAAGAAGUUGGAACGUUUCUGCGGAGCUUUCCGUGAAAACGGAUUUAGUGAAAGAAAUAGAUCUUCGUGUGUUCGAUAUUAAAUUAUUGUUAUCUGUUCUUCUGUGUCACCGCUCCCUUGCAUUCUGUUUCCAACUUUCGACACUCGCCACACCACGAUAAUAUUUCAAAUCCUUACUAAAAUUCAGCGAAAAUGUUUUUCGUUUCGUUUUCCUUUUGUUUGCGAGAUUAAAACGCCGGAGAUUAAUGUCACAGCGUAUCCGGUAAUUGUUGUUUCAUUUUAAUGGAGAAAGUUCCGGAAAUUUAUUGCGUAUGAAAAUCUCGACCGUGUUUCUUACCGAGAUUCACAUAGAAAGAAAAACUAAUUACAAAAUAAUGUUGCGGAUAUUGUAACGCUAGCAUAAACCAUGAUAUAUAGACCACUACGUAUUUAUCGCUUUCUACUGACCCCAGACAUUCUGGCGCUUCAAUAAACUACAUUUCGAGUGCUGAUUCAUUUAUUCUACUGCGCAUUUAUCCAUACGAGGUGUCUUACUUUUAUUAAUAUAAUUAAGUGCAGAUAUUCCUCGAACAUACGUUCAAUUGUCAUAACAAUAAUUCGCGAAAGUAUUUGGACAUUUGCUAUGGAAAAUCUUUAUGAAUAUAUCGCCUGUAUUAUAGAAAGCUUUUGAACAAUGAAAUACGGUUAUCAUAACUAUAGUGAUAAAAUCUGAAACCAAUCUGGAAAUGUACGUAAAAGUUGCUAGAGAUUUAUUGCGAGUGUUUAAAAAAAAACUAGUACAUAGUAUAAAAUGAUCGUUUUAAACAUAUAAUUAAUUAGUGAUUGCAACGAAUAUUGAGACUUAUAUUUGCAAUAGGCAUGUUCUAUCGUCUUCGUACAUUUUCGAAUUUGUUUCAAACUUUUGAUCGUGACAGUCGCAUUAUGUGGCAUGUCCUAGAAAAUCCUUCAGAAAAUGUUUCCAUGUAUUUUCAAAUAUUUUCGUAAGCCACUAUAUUUCAAAGCAAUCAAAGGCAGACUAUAAGAGUACAAGAAAUAUCAUUAUGAAACAGUAUUAUUGAAAUGUCUAUAUUUGAUAAGCAGAAACAUUUGUGUAAAAACGAGUUAUUUGCCCGAUGAUGUUACACAGUUUAAAACUGCACGUCUGUCGAUGAAAAAUAUCGCGCUUUUAAAUAAGAUAUCGUUUGCAAUACGACUCGAUAUGUAAAAUGUUUGCACAUGUCGCACGUACCUGAUUGGAACGUGCGUGUUGAUCGGCGAAGUUGUGCCGCGAAUUUCCACGAAACAGAGAUUGAAACUUCACAGUGAGUACAGAGAGAAGAGCGGAAGGACUGCUAUAAAUACGGUCGAUUUGCAAACGUCACAGGAGUUGUAUACUCGUAUGCCGGAUGUGCGAUGUUUGUCAUGAAACGAAGAUAAGCUCCGAGGAUAUGCCUGUUCUAUUCCAUUCCAGAAAAGGAAAUGCUUGAUCUAGAUACUGUGAGAACUACCUCGCUUAUUAACUUAAGAGACGUAAUACAAAAAAUCAUGUCAAUGAUCUUCGUUCAGUACCUACCUUGUACUUCAAAAUAUCUUCUAAUAUCGAAUAGAAAUUCGUACAAGAAGAAAAUUCGCGAUCUAACGUUCCUACGAAGCUUCCCAACUAAUUGAAGGAAUUUGUCAUAGAAAUAUCAGCUGUAUCGAAUUCUUUAAAUACUGACGCACGUGAAAAUACGCUCGAAGGAACAAAGGAGGAUGAGUUCACGUGACAAAAGAAUCCGUAUAUCCAAUUGAGACUAAAAAGUUACGUUUUCGUAUGGCAAGGCAUACGCAUUUUUUUUUUCCUGAAAAAUGUGUCCAAAUCGCGAUCUUCUAUCUAAAAAGCACGGAUAGAUCAUAAAACAGCAAUAAGGCAUGGUAUCGCGAUGUUCUCACUUUUGCGUAGGUUAAAGAUCCUGUCAUUGGCGUUUGUCAACGGAACAACGCGUUCCACGUUAAUCAAAUCGGAUAUUGGAAUGGUAUUUUCAACGAGCGUAAAUGUAACCGGUUUCUUGGACGAGAAAAAAAGAAAUUGGAGCACAGGGUAUCGUUGGCACAGCAGUAAAGGUUGGCUCAAUGAUAUUUCAAGAUACGAAUCGUCGAACGGAAAAUUGCUCGCGAUAAAUGGAGAAAGAAACAGGUAUAUGAGCAGUCGUGAAUAUCGCUGUGAAAUGAAGACACACAUUGAGAGAAGAGGUUUCUUGCUCGACAGUGGAUCGUCGAUCUUUUCGCAGUUCCCUUUGGCGCCAAUCUACCACUCUUGGAAGUUCUCCAAGGAAUUUUGUCCUUCGGCGGAAUACCAUAGUUCAUCCAUGCAGAAGUUGUCGAAUUCGAUGUUAAAGUUCCAUUCUUUCACGGAAAAUCCAUCUUACCAGAAGUCUGCGUGUAAAAAUUUAUGGAGAUCGAGAGGUCUAUCCGAAGCGAUAUUUUGUUCCAUGAGCUUUCGUAACUAUUCCUCCUCCAAAGAUCCCCCUUGCGAUAAAACAUUGAAAUCGGAUGAUUGCGAUGGGACAACAAUCAAAGAUGUUUCUAAGGAUUGUUAUUCAAAGUUUGACGAAGAUGCGGAAGAAUGUCCAAAAUCUUCGAGAAAAUGUCAAUUACCAGUUGAGGAUGAUUGCGAAGAGCAUUCGCCGUUCCCUUGUCCGGACGUAAAAGAUUACUGUCCUACAGUGGCCUAUGAAGAGAAACUUUUGCAACUGGUGACUGCCAUCGGUGCGAUCGUGUUAAUAGGUAUAUCGUGUUACGUUUACACCAAGGUGGAAGAAUCGGAUAAACAACCGAGGCCUGUGUUCAUUGAUGUUCCUUAUAUGAGGCGAAUAACUAAGCCUUUUCCAUGGGGCGACGGGGAACACACCUUGUUCCAUAAUCCCGGGAGAAAUCCAAUAUCUCCGCAUGGUUACGAGGUAGAAGAUCGAAACGCUGUGACGCCAAGCCAAACCGCAGGGUUAAGGGAACGAUAAACGAAGAAGGAUGAAAAUAAGAUUGUCUCAUUCUCGCGUUGAGAAUAUUUAAAUAUUCUGUAAUGAAUUAUAAGGAUUAAGAAAAGCCUUGAAAAUUACAUUACAAUUUUUCAAAUGA